GUCAAGAUGGCGGCAAACUUUUAAAAAUAAUGUUAUGAAUGAAGAUGUCAGGGCAUCAAAAAAUGUUUCAGAUAACCUAAACACACAAGAGCACAUCAAGAAGGAUUCUAUCAAGUAUUUUGUCGUUACCUAGUCUCUUGGUCUUUUUUUCCGCGCGCCCAAAGCGUUCCGGGUGACGUGGCUCGUUCGCCUUGGAUACACCUGGCCCUGAAGCGUGAAAUUUCUUGCGUGAGCUCACAAUAACCUUUCUUACUCCGCCCAAAAUCUUUACCAGAAGCUUCUAAAAGCAGUUUCUUUUUCAACUUCCUACUUGUCUUUGAGACGUUCUCCUUCCCUGAGUCUUCCCUUGCUAAGGAUUUUAUGAGACUGCUUGAGUCAAAAGUAAGUACCAGUUGAACUCCUUGAACAGUCAGCGUUAAUUAGUGAUUUAUUAAUAACGUUGUCAAUCGAAAACUUUUCUUCUAAGAUUGCUUUCCCCUGUGGCUACGAGUAAGAAGAUCAACACAACAACAGGAACUGGCCUCUAGAAGGACAAAGGUAAGCAAAUCCUUAGUUUUUUCCCGCUUUUUCGGUUCCUUACACCAGCAGCCUUCUCCCGUAUAUCCGUCUUCGCGCAAGCGAUGAAAGGCGUCAAGUUAAACACUGGUUAAAGUGGUUUGAGCAUGUGCCAAGAUCAGCAGGGCUUGCCAAGACAAUUUUACAAGGAACGUUGCAGGGAGGGAGAAGAAGCGGCAAACAAAAGAAGCGUUGGGAGAAUAAUAUCUCUGAGUGGACAGGGUUUAAGUUUUGCGACGCCCUAGGAGAAUGUGAAAGUAAAAUCAAAUAGAAGGGAAAGGGUUGUUUGGUCCGUGGCGCCCCAAUGAUCACCAUAACUACAUUGUUAAGGUGCAAGUGAUGGCAGGCAAUGCAAUUUAAUCCUUUAAGCCCUCAGAGUGAUCAGCAUCAAAUUUCUCCUUGUAAAAUCAAUGCUUUGUAAAACAGAGUGGUCAUGAGAAUUACGGACAUGAUCACACAAGAUGAAUUUGCUUGAUAUUUUAUCAACUUCUCCCAACUACAUCUGCAGGAAAUGAAUAGGGGCAACAAAUGAGAAUUCAAAUUUUGAUCUUAGGGUUUAAAGUGAUAAGAAUUACAUCAGUCCAACAGUGAGUCGCACGUCGAAUUGCUAUAUCAGAGAAGAGAGGAGGAUAAGUUACGGCUCUUCGAUUUUCAGCAGUUUAAACAGAAGAGAGAAGAAUUUACAUUUGUCGAGAAAAAAAUUAUCAGCUGGUUGAAUUUCCUGUAUCUUAGUAGCAUGUGCCUUUUUUAUUGUACUCUGCAUGAAAUAAACGCAAGUUUGAUUCUUCGACUUCGAGUAAGCAUACUUGUUGUGGGGCACAAUCUUUGGAGGUAAAAGCCUCGUAUGAUUGAAACUACAACUUUUUUCUGGAGGUCUAUGGUAAAAGGUAGUUGAACGGCGGAAGAAUUUAGAGUUAUUUUGGAAAAGGAAAAGUCGGAUGGAGAAGUAUUUUAAAUUUUUCACAAGAAAUAUUUGCGUUACUCGGCGUUGAGUGAAUAUUUCCCACUCCACCCUAAGAAGAGUCUUGUAAUUGCUGAGCUCGUCCCAGACCUUUCCGGCGCAGUUAAAUUUUCACCUUGGCUUGAUUGAAAGAUGUGUUGUGGGGUUAGUUUCCCACACAGACGUUAAUAGGGGUUUAUCACGCGUUCUUAGUGGGGCAUGAACACGUGACGAACGCCCAAAAACGUGUGUGUGGGAGGCUAUUGUUGGGUUUGUUUGCCUCCAGUGUACUAAUAAUGAUUGUAUAAUUCGAGGUGUUGACUCGUUGCUUUUCUCUUAUUUUAAACAAUUCCAGCUUGCAAUGACUGUGAACGUUUUGGAAUUGAGGGAAAGAAAUCGACAAUAGACACUACCAGAGACUUCGAUUCUUGAACUCAGGUAAGCGUAUCUUUUGUUUUUAUACCUUUCUCUCAUCUUUAAUGUAGCAGCAGUCGCCCAUAACUCGCUAGUGUCAGGCGUCAGACACAUGCUUGUAGAUCAAUGAUCAUGUUUGACAUAAACGGAACUACAUGGCAGAAAUGUCAGACACGUACACCCCAAAUUAUUAGGCCAUUUAGGAGUUCCAGAAACUCUUACUUUAAAAACGAGGCUAAGUAAAAAGCCUUUAAAGCAAAAAUGAAUUUUAUUUGCAUUAGAAUAAAGAAUUAUUUUCAUAUCAAUGAUUUAGGGUGCGUUCGUCUGGAAAAACUGGAUUUAGAUUUUAAAAUACGGACUUCGGAUUAACAAUCGAACGCGAAACCCGAAAACGACGGAUUUCAACGCUGAGAUAUCUGUUUUUGCAUUUCCUUUUUACCGUUUGAUUGCGAAAUUCGAAAAAGGAUUUGAAAAAUGGUCCUUUUGAACAGCGGUCUUGUACGCGCAUGCAUAAUUAGCAGCAAAAAGAAGACCGCUGUUUACGAGAAUAGUUUUGCAAAUCCUCUUUCCGAUUUCCCAAUCGAACGGUAAAAAGUAAAUCCUUAAAAUCCGGAUUUGGAUUUCUCAAUUGAAAUCCACCGUGAGAACGGUAUUCGCGUUCGAUUGCAAAAUCCAAAAUCGGGAUUUCAAAAUCUAAAUCCUGAUUUCCGAAACGAAGGCAACCUUAGCCUCACUUUGAAACAGAGACUUAAGAAAACUCGGAAAUGGCCUAAGGUCAUCCAUGGUCUCAAAAACGUCAUUUGGAUUAUCACUUUUUACUCGUCACCAAGCUGAACUGGGUAAUAUUCUGCUACUUAUCACUGAGUGUAUUAGAUAUAAUACCAAGGGUGUUAAAUAACUCCUUAAUUUUAGCAUGGAAUUUUUAGCGUUAAUUUAUUAUUUCAUAUGUGAAAUUAUAAAGUUGCCAUGGCAACAUUCAAUUCGGUUCAAUGUCAAGAUGGUGGCAAACUUUUAAAAGUAAUGCUAUGAAUGAAGAUGUCAGGGCAUCAAAAUAUGCUUCAAAUAACCUUAAGACACAAGAGCAAAUCAAGGAUUCUAUCAAGUAUUUUGUCAAAAAAAUUGUGAAAAUCAUAAACAUAAGCCAAAACUUAAGCUCUUAAGUUUUCAGUGCAUGGAGUUUUUGAUCGAUAAUCACUUUAAUUUUAACUGAGUUAAGCACCACGAGCUUAGCGGUCAAGCGGCUCAUGAGCUUAGCAGUCAAGCGGUUCAAAAGCUUAAUGGUCAAGCGGUUCACGAGCAUAGUGGCUAAGCGGUCCAAGAACUUAGCGGUCAAGUGGUCCAUUAGCUAAGCGGGCAUCCAGCAUUCAUUCCCGUAAGUGCAGGCUCACAUGGUACGUGAUAGCUUUGUACACUGCUAGAAUCGUUGAGGGUUUGUGCAGCGGUCUGUGGAGCGGUUGCUUUAACGUCUUGUUUUCGUCCUUUUAGCGUUUUUUGGAGCAGCAGUCCUACAGCGUGUUUUUCUUGAAUCCUUUUCUUUCAAUUCGCCAACGAGUGCGAGUCGUGGCGUUCGUUCAGGACGCGAACCAUGAAGAACAGCCUGUCUAUGGCUGCGGGCGCACUUGGCACGUUAACCGGGUUAGUUUUUGAAAAACGGGGAAAAAUUCUCGAAAUCCGGACCAUUCUCACGCGUAGGCGGAGAUGAUCGACUAAUUGAUAAGGUUAACCUGCAUUAAGACUGUAGAAAACCCGGCCGCACUCGCAGCUUUUUUAAACGAGUUAACUUUAAUUAGUUAAUUGGAAAUAACUCGGUUAAGUGCUUAAGUGCGGCCGCAGCCAUUGUGUUUUACGGUUACCGCGUUUUCGCGUUCUAGUUGCGGUUCUACACCAGCUCCUCCGGUUAACAAACCAGCGUCACAACCAAGUCAAACUGUUUCUCUGCCGGACAAUAACAACAACUGCACGGGCAAUUUCAAGGGCUCUCGCAGAAUCGCUACCUUCGUUGUUAUCUUCCCUUCAAGAUUCCAGUGGCGGGAACGCCAACAUGGCUGCGACGUCUGGUCAUUCAUCUGGUCCUUCUAAUUCAGCUCAUUAUCCGGCAUCCUCGAGCUCCGGUACUCCCUGCUCCGCCUCCCAGUCUUCAGGUACGGUUGUUGUGCCCUUGAUUAUUUCAACUUACAUCUCAUUUGAUGGUCCUUCGGUUGCCUCUACUCUUCCCGCCACGUCCUCCGCAAACUUGCCUGUAGUGGUUGGGGGCUCUUACGGUGGCGCGACCGGAUCUGUGUCCUCCACGUUUCCAAGCCUCAACAAAGCUUUUGUGGUGGGUCCUGGCUAUGCUCCAGUCCUUUAUAAGUUUGUUUCUAAAAAUUUUAGCCAGGCUUUUUGUAGACCUGGCCGACCUACUUCCAGACAAUAUUAGAGCUCAAGAAGUCGAACCCGCGUUUUUGGAGAGAAAACUGGUGGAAUAGGGGUCUACAAAAACGGGUCGUAGAAAUAGCAGACAUCGUCACCUCGAUAGAAGCCUUCACAAUCUUUUUUAUGAUUCUUUGCCACACCGUCCCCUUUCGCUGAAAAGAUAUAAACUAGUAUUCAUAAACUAAUAUUCAUUAUUCAGACAGCAAAGCGCUUCUCUGACAAAUCAUGGCUCUGCUACGACAUUGCCUUCGGAAAAGAAGCAGCAGCCUCGGGUUCAACCGACUGGUCUCGCGUGCGCCCAAACCUCUACAAUUUUCACACCAGAUCUCCGACUACCACUUCAGCUGCUCCAGGCUCCACAAAUCCCUCAAAUUCCUCUGCCUUGUCACUAACAGAGCCACUGGCGUCUUCGGGCAAUCCCCAGUCUAACCAGUAUUGCCACUCCUGGAAUGAUAGGCGCUGUCGCUGGCCCUUUGGCCGCUGCGGGUUUUGUCACUCCUGCGAAACGUGCCAUGGGGACCACCCUCGCAUUCAGUGCCCUCACCACUCAGCACACUAGCGAGAAUGGCCCCGCUCCCCUUUUCAGUCAAAAGGGGGUCACCGCCGUCCUAGGCCACCUCUCCUAGCCAAUUCAGUUGCACAUAGAUUUGAUUCUGUUCUCGUUGGUGCUCAUGGUAACUUUUCAGCCUUAGAGUUGCGUUAUCCUUUUUGACCUUCUCAACAGCAGGGUCUGGUUAUUUGUUGCCUUCUCAGGCUGUUUGCCUUUUUCUCAGCUUACUCCCAUUAACCUGGAUUGAUUACAGCAUGAACUCCGCCAUCAUCCUUCCCCAAAGUUGCAUAAGGGAUCCAAGACCCUUACGAUGGUUUGUUUUCACCUACAUUUUAGGCUUUAAUUACAGUACUUCCUUGAAGUCGGCAACGGGAAUAUGGCUUCGGCACUCUUUAAACCUCUUCAACAAUUACUUGCAAUCGGAGGUUCAGACAGGCAGACUGGCGGGCCCUUCUCUCAGCCUCCACUCCCUGUCCUCCAUGUGAGCCAUUUCGGCGUCAUCCCCAAACGCUACCACCCUGGGAAAUGACGUCUCAUCCUGGACCUGUCAAGCCCUGCUGGUCACAGUGUCAACAACAGUAUUGCGGGCGAGCAUUUUCCUCUACAUAACAUGGUUGUAGAUGAGAUUACUGCGGGCAUGCGGCUUGGGCGGGGUUCUCUUAUAGCGAAAUUGGAUGUGCAAAUGCAUAGCAUAUUGUACCAGUCAAUACAAAGGAUCGCCGGUUGUCGUGUUUUAAAUGAGGUUCUGCCUUUCAUGUCAAUGUGGUCCUGCCCUUCUGCAGUAAGGUCAGCUCCAUAUAUCUUCACAUGUAUAGCAGACUCAGUGCAGUGGGUGGCCAAGCGAAACUACGAUGUCACCUUCCUGAUGCAUUACCUUGAUGACUAAGUCCUCCCGGCUUCUCUGUCUGUCAACACAAUCUGGAAAUGUCUAUUGACUGUUUUUCUAAUCUUGGAAUACCCCUCCAUCUAGACAAACAGGAAGGGCCAUCGACGUGCCUAACCAUUCUGGGCAUUGAAGUGGACUCUCUUAAUGUACAGGCAUGCCUUCCGCAGGAAAAAUUUGAUAGGAUAACUGCCUUGUUGAAGGAAUGGUCACAGAAGCUUUGGUGUAAACGCAAGGAACCGGAGUCUCUAAUGGGUCACCUUCAGCUUGCCUGCAUGGUUGUACUCCAAGGUCGCUCUUUCAUGCGCCGAAUGAUCAACCUGCUAUGCGCUUUUCAUCCCUAUGACCACCUAAUUCGUCUCAUUCAGGAGUUCUUUCUUGACCUAGCCCGGAAGCAAGAGGUUUUCCAGUCUUGGAAUGGUUGCAGCUUCCUUCAGUACCCUCAGUGGACUCUACUGGCCGACUUCUAGGGGCGCUUUCCAUUUAGCCAAAAUUUCCGGAAUUUCCGGUUCGGCGGUAAAUGGAACACGUUUCGUCGGUUCGUCCCACUGGAAAAUUCCCAGAAAAAGUGGAAAAUCUAAAAAGGUGGUCCCGUUUUCCCGGUUGGAAUUUCCGAACGGAAUGUCGUGUUCCAUUUACGUUUCUCGUAGUUUGUACCAGUUCCAGGUCCACGGUCGGGCACCGCCACGUACCGAGGGUUAUGACCAAAUGGAACAACUUUUUACCAAUCGGAAAUUCCACUUUUGCUACCACCGAAAUUUCCGGGUUUUUUUCGUAAAUGGAAAGGCCCAAGGUUUCUUCAGAUACCUCUGGGGCCCUUGGUUACGGAGCAGUUUUCCAGGGUCACAUGGCUCGCAAAACAGGUCUCUCAGUCCAUCGAGUACAAGCACCUCUUCCCUGUUGUCGUGGCAGCCUACGUCCGGGGUCCCCCUAUGGGCCUUCAAAUGGGUCAACUUCCUAUCAGAUAACCGCUCAGUUGUGGAAAUUCUGCGGUCUGACACUUCAAGAGCCCCUGCCGUCAUGUCCCUGGUUCGCUAUCUGUCCUUAUUGACAGCUACACAUUCCUCCUUUUCACUGAGACCCCAGUUAGGGGGAAGUCUAGCCCAGUCGUGGACUUUCUGUCUCAUUUUUAGUUUCAGCACUUUCGCCGGUUAGCCCCUCAUGCAGACUCUAUUCCAACCCAGAUUCCUCAGCAGCUUUUCUCGGAUAAAUGCCACUUCUACUUGAAUCAGGGUCUUGCCCCUUCUACUAGAAAAGGUUAUGCCUAUGCCGAACGCCGCUUUCUGCUGUCAUCUUGCCGAUACUCUCCACCAUUUAUCCAUUACCUUUCAGCAAUCCGAUCCCUUCACAUCAACGAGGGUCUGCCUUCUCCACUGGUUGGUUGCCACCAAGGCUCAAAUAAGCGUCAGCGCCAACCCAUCACAAUCGAGCUGAUGCACAUUAUCUUCCAGUCCUUGAACUUCUCUGACUACAGCCAUAAAAUGCUUUGAGCUGCCUGCUGUCUCGGUUUUUUUGGUUUCUUACGCGCUGGUGAGUUCACCGUCAACUCGUUUUAAAUCUCGACAUCCACCGUGCUGUCAGCGAUGUCCAAGCAGAUUCCGUUAUCAAUCCAGGCAGCUACAGAAUCCACAUUUAGUGCUCUAAAGACUAAUACGGACCCGUUUCGCCAAGGUUGCUAUAUCUACGUUGGUGCUGGAAAACGUAUUCCGUCCUUUGCGUGCCCUUACCCAGCAUCUCUACUCCUGGUCCACUUUUCUUUUUCUCUUAACCCCUCUACAUCACCAAUGGCUUACAUCCAGUAUUCAAUCCAUCCUCUCCGCUGCCGGGUUCCCUGGUUGCUACACCGGUCAUAAAUUGUGUAGCUACUUCAGCAGCCUCUUGUGGCUUACCAGAUCACUUCAUCGACACGCUUAGCAGAUAGUCCAGCGAUGUGUAUCAGAUCUACAUUCGCAUUUCUAUCAGUACUAUCGUGGGGGUAGCAAGUCUGCUCACAGGUAUUUCUUGCGUGUCUUCCUCCUAUCCUGGUUGUUUAGGGUGUAGGGUGUAGGGUGCCUCAGGGCUAAGGCUUCCCCAACUCUAAGCCCCUCUUUCCCUCUAUCUAGGGGCUGGCUGGCCACAGUGAAAGCCCCUGCGUAUCCCAGGCAUUCACCUUCAUGACAUCUGUAAACGGUUAGACUCUCUAGUUAUGCAAGGAUGAAAAGGUCCCAUCUCACAGCACUUCCAGCUAGCGAUACGUGGCCCCAAAGAUAUGGAAUGCAUUACCGGAAGCAUUGAGACAUGAGAGUGAACUAAGUAGCCUUAAAAGACGCUUGAAAAAAAGCUUACGUCACACAGUUAUAUUGAUUUGUAGAUAGUUUUUAAUUUUUGUUAUCACAGCAGUGAAACCUGUAUUAAGCGGACACUCGCGGGGAAUGCUGUAGUGUCCGCUUAAUACAGGGUGUCCGCCUAAUACAGGUUUCGAUAGAUAACGCUAUAUGAGGUUUCAAAUGCCAUUCAAAUGAACAGUGGAAACGUUUACAGUACUCCCAGAAACUAUGACGAUAUACGUCUGCAUUAAUUUCUUUAUCAAAGUGAACCAAUUGAUCAUAGUACCAUAAACAUAGAUUGCAACUCAAAUUUGAAGAAAUCAGAUGAGUGAAACAAGCUCUCUACAAACAAAACUAAAUAGAAAACAAUGCAGUCCGGUGAAACUAAUCAAAUAAUUAAGUUCGUCAACUCAAGUUUUUGAAUGUAAAAAUCGAAAAAUUUGUGGGUGGCAAUUCGAGGCAAUCCGGCUUUCGCAUUUCCGGUGUCUGGCUUGUUGGGUGGUGGAAUUUAAUUACAAGUGUCCGUUUAAUACAGGUUGGCAACAAUAGAAAUGACCAUUUCAGGUACUUUUUAGGUGUCCGCGUCCGCUUAACCCUUCAAACCCUGAGAUCAAAGUUUGUAUUCUCAUGUGUUGCCCCAAUUCAUUUCCUACAGAAGAAGUGGGGAGAAGUUGAUAUAAUAUCAAGCAAACUCAUCUUGUGUGAUCACGUCCGUAAUUCUCACGACCACUCUGUUUUACAAAGCAUUGAUAUUACAAGGAGAAAUUUGAUGCUGAUCACUCUUAGGGCUUAAAGGGUUAAUAGAGGUGUCCGCUUAAUAAAGGUUUCAUUUAAAGUAAAUAAGGGAAAUAAAUUUUGGGACUUCGGCUACUGUCCGCUUAAUAGAGGGUGUCCGCUUAAUACAGGUUUCACUGUACUAAAUUGUACAUAGUUUUAUUCUAUUUCAUUAGACAGAUAUUUUAUAUUGUAUCUUAGUUUAUUAUUAUUAUUAUUAUUAUUAUUAUUAUUAUUAUUCAUUCAAAAUAUUUCCCCGAUUCUGAUUGGCUAAAAGCACACGCAUAAUUCACCAUAACCAGCUACUGAUGACCAAAUUUGGAAGAAUUUUGCGUUUAAUGAACCAAUGACGUCAAAAGUGCAGCCUUCUUUCACCAUUAACCGAGAACACCUAGGGACAAGGUUGAGUUGUUUUAGUUGAGAAAAACGAAAAUGGCGGACAUUUCACUCGUUUCAAGAGUAAGAACUAGGCGAAAUAAUAGCUAAAAACAUGGCAAGAACAGCAAGAAGACAACUCGAAGGGCGACAUCUGCUGUAUGGAGAAUAUUUGCGAAGCUGAACAACCCUAAACGUACACUAUCGAAAAUGAACUUAACAUCGAUGGAGUUAGGCAUGUUUUAGCUAUGUUUUUAAACUAGGAAUUAUUUUGAAUGAAUAAUAAAACAAUUAUUGAAUUCGGCUUUCCUAUCAUAUUAAGAAUUAUGGAGAUCUCGGAGGGUGUUAUCGGGACCUCGGCCUAUGGCCUCUUGACGGAUAACACUACCCAUCUCGAUCUCCAUAAUUCUUCAUAAGUUACUCAGCCUCAUUCAUUAACUGUUAAUUAUUAUUAUUAUUAUUUAUUAUUUAUUUAUUUAUUUGGUAUGUUUGUUUUUUAUGGCAAUAUCUGUAAAAUAGUGAUACUUGCAAUACUGUAAUGAGCUAAGUGUAUUUGACCACAUUAAAAAAGGUCACUUACUCACUUUGGUUCUUGUGGGACUUAAGGUGGCUCGUUCCUAUUUAUAUGUGUGUUGGUUCCAGUUCCAGUUAAGAGGUAGUUUGUCAGCUCUCUUCCGCUAUUUGUGCGUUUACGUUCACAAAUGUGUUAGCCUAUCAUUUUAGCAUUAAAUUUGACCAACAUUUUGUGGAGCGAUUUCUACGGUCACGAUUGCCUUCAAACUUACAGACAU